GGCACACCCGGCCGUCGAGCGGAACCACAGAGACCCACGCGAACCGGAUCCGACGGCAUGGCGUCGCUGCUAGACACGCUGGUGGGCGGCUACGCGUCGCUCUUCUGCCUGAGCGACCAGCAGCGGGGCUCGCCGCAAAUGUCGGCCAAAGUCCACGCGCCGCUGGGGCGCAGGCCGGCGCCGCACAAGAAGCCGGCCAAGCGGUCGAUCGACGACCGCCUGCGCGCGCUCAUCGGCGACAUGAUCGGCGAGGAGGAGCUCGAGCAGCGCCUCACGUUCGGACGCGUGCUGGGCACCGGUGCGACAUCCAAGGUCUACGAAGCCGUGGACACGGCCACGGGCGAGCGCGUGUCUGUCAAGGUGUUCGACAAGGUCGGGAUGGUGGAGGCGCGGCGCUCCAUGGUGGCUGACGGCCAGUAUGUGCCUGAAAAGGCCGUGCACCGCGUGCGACGACGACUGCUGAAGCUCGUGUCCGAGCUCGAGAUCUCCAAGUCGCUGGACCACCCCAACAUCAUCAAGUACCUGGGCGCCUACGAGACGUCGCACCGGAUCUGCAUCGUCCACGAGCUGGUCGAGGGCUCUGACCUGCUGGAGCAUCUGCUGGAGAACGGCAAGAUGCCGGAGGACCAAGCCGCCGGGGUUUUCCGCCAGCUGCUGUCGGCGCUCGAGUACUGCCACGCGCGCAACGUCUUCCACCGGGACUUGAAACUGGAGAAUGUCAUGAUCACUAAAGACUUGAAAGUGAAGCUCAUUGACUUUGGACUGUCUGAAGUGGUGGCCUUCCGUGAGCAGCCGCUCAAGACAGUGUGCGGCACGCCGCUGUACUGCAGCCCAGAGAUCCUUUUCCUCCACACGACAGCUGAAGCUGCUCGCAACGGCUUCCACGGAGGCCCUGCCGACGUGUGGAGCGUGGGUGUGCUCAUAUUUGCGCUCCUGACAGGAUGCGCACCUUUCGAUGACUCGGACUUCCACCGACUGCGCCGAGACGUGUCACGCAACCACAUCAACUACCCUGCGUACAUUUCCGACCAAGCGAAGGGGCUGCUGAAGAAUGUGCUUGUGACAGACGCGCUUAUGCGGCCCACCGUCACCGACUUGCUAUCUUAUGGUUGGUUCCAGGACGCAGUCGAGGAUAGUGCCAGCAACCAGGAAGACGCAGUCACCGCCGACGAAGACUGGCUGUGCACCAAACAGAAAAAUGCCUUCAAGGAGGAAAUUCGGUGCCGCUCGCUGUCUUGUCGCCGAACUAGCGGCUCCGACGGCACGUACAGCUCUAGCGCUAGUCUGGAAGACCAUACGAAGCGCCAUUCUUCGUCGCCCACGCACUACUCUAGCGGAGGUGACACUACAACGGCUUAA